UACCAAAUGGAGCUAUACAACCGACUAGGCUUCUCAUUGUUAGACUUUUUUUUUAAAUCAAAGGGACUUAAUUUCUCCAAGUAAAAGACGAAUUGUAGGCUUCCCGCCCCUUUCGCAAGCUCCUCCCUUGUCUCUGCGUCACUCAGUUUGGACUUGAAAUUUAGACGAUCGAUGAUAGACAUUUUCUUACAUAGAUUUAGAUUUUAUGAUUCAGUCUUUACGCAAUUUUAAUGGAGGCAGUCUCUUGUAGAAAUGAAGGGGAGGUUAAUCUGCCCUUGAUUUGAAGUAGAGACGCCAAGUCCUGUACAACAUUUGCUUCAGUUCAUUGUUGGAUAGGACAGGUUGUUUUUUUUUAAGGAUUUUAUUUCUCUUGAGUGCACGGCCUUGAUUUGAAAUAGUGGAAAUCAUAUAAAUACUUGUAUAUAUUACCAGGAUAUAGUCUAGUAUGUGUAUGACCCAUUUGUUGUAGUGUAGUGCUUCAUAAAUGUUAUAUUUCAAGGAUUAAAUUAUUCCUAAAGGAUAUAGUGAUCUUUUUCCCGGAAUUCUAUUUAUAAGUCAAUGUGUGCCUAAAGAAUGAUGUGAAUUGAUUUAAAAUAGAACUCUUGACCCAUAUUUUUUUUAAAUCUGCAAUUGGAAAGAAUUGGAAAAAGAGUAUUAGGCAGUAUUCUAAAUCUUCAAGGCUUCUAGAUUACAGCAGACCUAAAUGUUUCGACGAAAAGCUGCCAACUGAAAAGCGCUAAUCCAGAAAUUUUUAUCGCUAUAAAAAUGUAAAGCGAGGCUUAUGCUUGAUUCUAAGCAAUGUGCUAUGAAGGGUUAAUUUUAUUUCUGUUUCGUUAAAUGCUAUUCCUAAAACAAUAAACUAUGUUCAACUUAUAGGCACAGAGUGUUAGCAACCCUUGUAUUCUAUAAAUAGAUCUAGAUCUAUUCCAGUCUAAUGUAGAACUACAAUGAAUCCUACAAUAAUAUCUCAGAUGAGAACAAAUGUCAAGGGAGACAGUCACUUUUAUAAUUUAGACGGAAUCAAAACAGAUUCAGCUCCCUUGGGCAAGUAUCUUAAAUACACUCUCAGUCAGGACAUUGGCAAGCGGAGAAGCAGGUGGAAGAAAAGCUAUUCACCACUUUGCAUGUGUUUGGUUGGGUGUAUUCUAGUCGUAUGUGCCUGCACUGCACUCAUCUUAUAUAAUGUGGUCGCCUAUAAGGGCUUACAGGAGAGAAUAGAGGAAACCCUUACGGCGACUUUGAAACAAAGUAUUUCUGACCAACUGAAGGAAAAAAUCCAUAGACAGUUAGAGUUUUCUUUACACAAAAUGGAGAAGAAAUUGAGUGACAGUUUGGAAAAGAAGCUACAGAGUUUAUUAGAGCUUAACGAGCUGAAUCGUAAAGAGCAGCUUCGCGGUAGGCUCCCAGACAAAAACACUACAACGUCAGAUCAGCCUGACAACAGCAUGUCAGAUCAGCCUGACUACAGUUUGUCAGAUCAACCUGACUACAGCUUGUCAGAGAAUCUAGUAAACAAACGUACAGAAUUUGAGGAGAAAAGACUGAAAGAAUUAGAAGAGAACCUCGAAUUUCGUUUAGAAAAAUCGUUGACAAAACAUUUAGAAGGCAAACUGUCAAAGAUGAUGGAAGAGAAAAACAAAGAGCAUCGGAAUAAUUCAAGGCUGCACAAGUCUGCUCACAAUACAAUGAAUGAGACUGCUGAAGAGUGUGAACAUGAAAGACACGUGACUUAUGUACAUCUUCAGGGCAGGAGUCCUCGGAGAAUAAUUGGCUCUGGUCCUGAUAAAAACUUUAUUUGGGAUCGGAUCCCGGCCUACAAUUGUACUGGAUUUGAGUACAUAAUUGACCCUAAUACAAACUCUGUCUCCAAAGUAAAGAUCUUAAAAACUGGAGUGUACCUGGUCUACUCACAGAUAGCUGUACACGGGAAUAAAAACAGAAAAAAAACCUUUCCUCUGGACUGCGCUCACGAAACUGUGCAAACCAACAUUAAUGAUGAAAAAAAAGUCAUUCUGAAGAGUAUGCUGACUCAGCAUAACUUGGGCAGGCCUAUCAUUAAAAUAGAAAAAAAGAAUCUGCAUCCAAUAGACACCAAGUUCCAGAUGGGUAUUUUUCAUCUCUCCCAGAAUGACACCCUCAGUGUUCGCUAUUCUGAGAAUUGUGCCAACUUUAACUACUUGAUGCAACCUGAAUAUAGCUACUUUGGUGUUUUGAUGUUCAGUCAGGAAUCAAAUGCAUGAUAAACAUUCAAAGAAAUUAUAUUCAUCUUUUGUAUUGAUCUGAACAAACAUAAAAUUUAAAAUAUGUUGAUUCUAUUUUCCUAGACAGAUCACAGUCAAACCAAUAAAUUUAGACAUUACAUUACUCACUAAUCAACAUACUCCCCACACAUAGAUAUACAUAUAUGUUUAUAUUCAAACCAACAUACUCCGCCACACACAAAUACAUACAUAAAUGCUUAUUUUCAAACCAAUAUACUCCUCUCCACAUAGAUAUAUGUUUAUUUUCAAACCAACUCUCUCCAAGCACACAUUUUUUGUGAGAGAUUGCUGUCAUUUGAAUUAUUUACAAGAAUUAUGAAUAUCAUAACUUUAUGAUUGUAUAAUAUUUUAUUUUUCUCAUUGUAAUAUUACUUAUUGUGUUUUACAGCAUUACUUUGUGUGUCUUUACACAUAAUUAACAAUAUUGAUAACAAUAGUUAAUUUAGUUCUUAUAAGUGAGUUUCUUUCACUAUGCUACAUAGUUAACUUAAGUUAGCUUAUUAUAGAAUUCAACUUCUCAUGUCCAUCUUUGUUUUUUGUAUUUGAACCUCUGUUAGCACAGAGAUGUCCCAGACAGAGUUCACCAUUUAAUACAAUAUUUAUUAACAAAGAUUUUGUGUAUUGAUUGCUCACUGUUGUAUUCAAAGGAACUGUUUUCUCUGCAGUCAUGUUGUAAGACUUUUAGAUAGAGAGAGAUAAGUUUAUGUGUAGAUUUUUAAAUGACUUCUUUGGUUGGAAAAUUAUAUAUUUUAGACUAAAGAUUGCUUUAAAAGUUACAUUAAAUAAUAAAUAUAUGUGUAUCUUACUUAAGAUAAAAAAUCAAUAAACCUAAAUUUCAGAAUAUAUUCAAUGCAAAAAAAAUAUGUAAAAAUGUAUAUAAUUAUAAUAUUUUGUGUCUUUAAAUGAUAAUAUCUUGUCAUAAGCAAUAAGGACCUACAAGUUAUUGGUUUAUUUUAUUUACCAUAUAGUCUAACAUUCUUACUAGAAAGAAAUUAAAGAAAUGUUUACAUAAACCUUUUACUUAAAGAUAUUUUUAUUAAUCUAGUCCAUUUAUGUGAAGAUAAGAAAACUUAUCAUUACAUUUGGCUUCAAUAUUUAAAUUUAGCUUGUUUUUAUCUCUUUCUCUACAUGAUUCUUUAACACUAGAACACUCUAUACACAUUGAAAUAAUAUAUUCUUUAUAAUUGUUGGGAAAUAAUUAUUAGUAUUAUUUUUAUUAUUAUAGUAGAUGAAAUUUGUAUGCAUUUCAAAACUGUUUCAUAAAAAAUACUUGAAAAUUGACUGUGAGUAUAAUAUUGUUUGUGGAUGUUGGUUAGAAAAAGUUUUACCUGUUUUGAAUGUUCCUUCUGUGUUAAAGAUAAUCUGCAUCCUAGCCUAAACCUCCCCCAGGAUAAUUGGGUAGGAAGUAGGCAGGGUAUGAACCCAGAACCAUUGGGACUACCAAAUGACAGUCCAGGCAGCUAUAGAGGAGUAUAUGGGCCUAUAAAUAGUAAAAUUAAUGUUGGUGUAGCUUAGUACUAAGUGUGUGACAGAGUGUUGUGUGUAUGUGCAGCUACAUGCAGAAUAUUUGUAAAUAAUGUAUGUGUAAAAUAUAUUUUUCUCUAAAUGAAAGAUUUUAUUCAGCUUUAAGAUAACUAUAUUUAAAAAUCUAAUUUCCAUAUUUAUAUUGUGAAAUAUUUUUUAUGGGAGGAUGGGAUGCACUAGGAUUGAUCCAGUGGGUCUACAUUUCUCCUCAUGGUGCAUUGAAAAAAUGUAACAUUACAAAAUAGUUGACAAAUGAAUAAAGGAAUUAAUGUACACUUACAAUCUUUUGCUUUAUGAUGGAAUGAAAGCCUGCCAGCUAAAUUUUCCUAGAGUAGUUUUCUGAGAUCACAAUGAUGCCAGCUUGUUGUUUCAAUGGCUGUAGACUUGCUAGUGUUUUCUAACCAAUGGUUUUGUACAUAAAAUGAGUAUAUUAUUUUAUGAAGAGUUCCAAUAAAACACAAUUACAAUUUUUUUAUUAA